UACGUCCAGCUCACUGAUUGGUUCACAGCAAACACAAGCAUUACGUCAUUGAUCGGCGACGGCAUCUGCAGCGAGGAGGCAUAAAUAUGGCGCCUUCCCCGACAAAGAGAAAGGAGGAUGACAAGAGUAAACAGCGAGGCAAGGAGAAGUCAGGAACCACGAAAGAAGGUGCUGACAAAGACCGGGGCCGUGACAAGAACCGCACACGGCGCAGUGCCUCCACUGGGAGCAGCAGGUCCAGCUCCAGCUCCAGCAGCAGCUCAGGCUCCAGCUCCGGAUCGUCCAGCGGCUCCAGCUCCUCGGCCUCCAGCCACUCGGGCUCGUCCAGCUCCCGCUCCUCUUCCUCCUCCUCCUCGUCUUCUUCACCGAGCCCCAGCCGCCAGCGCCACAACAACAGACGGCGUUCACGCUCAAAGUCAAAAUCGGCAAAGAAGGAUGACAGGGACAGAAGACGCAGGAGCCCCACACCCAAACCCACCAAGGUCUACCUGGGCCGGCUGACGAGAAACGUCAUCAAGGAACACAUCCAGGAGAUCUUCUCCACCUACGGCAAGAUCAAGAUGAUUGACAUGCCCAUGAACCGCGUCCACCCUCACCUGUCUAAAGGCUACGCGUAUGUGGAGUUUGAGACUCACGACGAGGCGGAGAAGGCCCUGAAACACAUGGAUGGAGGUCAGAUUGACGGUCAGGAGAUCACAGUCACAGCUGUGCUGACUCCCACCGUGCGUCCACCACCUCGCAGGCUGUCUCCUCCUCGCCGGAUGCCUCCUCCACCUCCAAUGUGGCGACGCACGCCGCCUCGUAUGAGGAGAAGGUCUCGGUCUCCGCGGCGACGCUCUCCAGUGCGGCGCAGGUCUCGGUCCCCUGGCCGCCGGCGCCACCGGUCACGCUCCAGUUCUAACUCCUCGCGCUAAUUAUUUGUGAAUUUUUUUCUCCUCCUUUUGUCUGGAUCUGCUCCUCUACUGUUUCUGUUUUUUUUUAUCAGAGCCAUUGUUUUUAUGGUUAACCAUGAUGUUGUGAGUUUUGAGAGUGUGGACGUUAAAAAUCAUUAGUUUCACUCUUUCUUCUUCUCAGUGACUGAACCUGUCCCUGAACCACGUGCUGUAAACACACGUGCUGUAAACACACCAGUAUGCGGGUGAUCUUUUCUUUGUUUUUAAAUGUGCUGCCAUGUAAUAAACCUCAAAAUGUCAAGUAGCCACACUUGACACACACACACCAUACAAAUUCACCACAAAUAUUCAUUUUUACAACAACAUUUGUAUGAGGAAGAAAAUACAAUUUUACACAUUUCCAUCCAUACAAAUAUUAGAUAUAACGCAGAAGAGGGUUGGACAAGAGGACGUUCAUGGAAGACUUUUAAAAUUUUUAUUGUAUUUUAGUUUUGAUGCUGAGGAUUUUUUUUUUCUUUAAAAAAUGUUGGAUAAUGAAUGGAUUGAAACGUAAUGUGUUUUAAAAUCUACCGUGUUGUGUUGAAGUCGACUGAAAAUAACAAUGGCUUCUCGUGUCAGUGAUCUCGUCGCUGAACCAGUCAAUCGAGGAAUGAUUAAUUUUGAAACUGCUGUUAAAUUUUCAGCUGUCAUGGCUACGGUGCUCUACAGUGCAGUACAGAUGAUAUAUAUACAUACCCCCCCCCCGCUGUACCCACUGGGGGUCACUCACUUCAUCCCCCCCUGCAUUGAUGUACAAUGUAGUGAAUUUGUUCUUCAGUAAAAUGACUGUUAUUGUUCAUGUUUAGGUUGGAAUUACAUUCAAAUAAAACUCCUGUGUUUGUGA